AAGAAUAAGAAUACGGUUCAUAAACGCCCUCGAGUUGUGAAAUCAUUUAAAUAAUCCAACUCUCGCCAUGGGCAGAUGUCUCCUCGUUUUUCUUCAACACACCGGCGAUGAGUGAGCAGUUCGAUUUCGGGGUCAGGGUGGGCAUGGUCAUCAUGUGCGUGGCGUCUGCUGCAUCAGCGCUCGCCGUCGGCGGUCUGCUGUUGUACAUUGCGUAUAGCGCAGUCACCUUGAGGCGAAAUGCUUUGCGGCGGUGGUCCACCGACACGCAUAUACACUAUUAUUUUCUCAAUAUGAUGAUAUCUCACCUUAUCUUAUCUAUUGGUGAAUUGCUCAACAUCAAGUGGAUUGUAGAGGCGAUGCUAUACCCUAGUACCGUUUGCACCGUUCAAGGUUUCUUGCUUCAAGUAGGUAAUGUUGGGGUUGGUCUCAGUACAAUGGCCGUUGCUGUGCACGUGCUGCAAGUAUUGGUGCUACAGUGGACGCCCCCACCAAAAUUUGCGCUCCCUGUAUUGGCGAUCAUUUGGUUGGUAAUCCUUCUUCUCGUAGUCGUGCCGCCAAUUGUGGUUCAACACAACAUUUACGGUUCUAGUGGCUAUUGGUGCUUCGUUGACGGAAGUAUCAUGACGCAGGUUGGCCUCGUUUAUAUAUGGUUGUGGGUGUCUGGGGUAGUAAACACCAUCUCAUACCUGCUCCUUGCACUUGUUAUCACACGACUAGUUCUUGUGGAUGGACACAGAUUUCGGUGGAGGAGAAAGCAGGACAGGGGAAUAAUUCCGUAUGAAGUAGACACGACUGCAGAAAGUGUCAGAGCAAUUCAAAUGCUCUCUUACCCCAUCUUGUACACUGUACAGGUGUUACCUCAAUCAGUGGCUCGUUUUUCUCAAUUCAGCGGUCAUGACGUUCCGUUUGCAGCGACAGCUUUCACAUCCACGCUGUUCGCAUCAUGCGGUCUGUUCAACGUGAUCUUGUAUGCUUUUACUCGUCCAAGGUUGAUGCCUGGUAGACCUUCGCACGCUCCACAGUCAGUGCGUGUUGCUACUCCCCGGGUGGCGCACAGUCGCUUUCCACAGGGUUACACGGUAGAGGACGAUAACUCCGCUACAGAAACUGGCCCGGUCCAGGUGCCGUGAGACGCCAGAUUUUCUUUAUUCUCUAUGAUAUUGCUGUUAUAUUG